CCCUAAUACAAUUUUAUUAUCAUUAUUUUAAUUAUCAUAAUAAUUGUUGUAAUUCAACAAUGCAAAUGUACACAUAACAAGGCACUUUCAACCCUAACAUCACUUUCUGGUUGAGCAAGGAACAAUAAAUAUACUAUAUACUAAUAAUACGUUUUAUCUAACAAAAUCUAACAAAUAAUCGGAAUAAAUAAAUGAAACAGAGAAUAAAAUCCCUUACGUCAGUGUUGCAGCAUCAUCCAGUCGCACCUCCUCCCCCGUGUCCCUGUGUUCAGAGCUGCAGCGCCCCCAGCAGGUGAGCGGAGGUGUUGCAGUGGCGCUGACAGGAGAUCACAGCCAGUCGUCCCCAUAGAGACAGGCUCCGACAACAGGGCUGCCGGGCCACCGCUACACCCGCUAGUCCUCUCCGAGAGGCGAUGGCAGCCUCGAUAUGAAGCAGCCGGCGGUUGGACGUUCGUAAUAUCCUCGAAAACGGACCUGUGCGCGGCUGCCAAACAGAUUUUUAUUUGUAUCACUGGAUUAACGACCGACCCAUCAGCCUGCCAGCCGCGGCUUUUAUCCUGAGAGGGCCGGAGAUUUGUGUCGCUGGGCGGGGAGGAGUCCUCCGUUAUUCCUCCGUGUGGUAGCUGAAGAAAGGGGCCGGCAGCAUGUUCUAACAGCGCCUCCAUCUCACACGUAAAGCUGUGGAGAGGAGCCGAUGCAGUCUUGAGAGGAUGGAUGUGGAGGGGAGUGCUGGCAGGGACAGCACCUGGAGGAGAGCGGCAGCGGAUGAUGCCGGUGGAGGUGCAGGAGGAGGAGGUGGAGGAGCAGGCAUGGAGGCUCAGGUGGUACCGCUGGAGCUGUACGACUCUGCAAGAGCCAAAAUAGACGCAAAUCUCCGCUGGUUGUUUGCCAAAGCUUAUGGCAUAGAUCACAUCCCUGCAGACCUGCGGGACCCCUUCUAUACCGACCAGUAUGAGCAGGAACACAUCAAGCCCCCCAUCCUCCAUCUGCUGCUGUCUGGGGAGCUGUACUGCCGGGUGUGUGGGCUCAUCCUGCACGCUGAGCAGGCCGCCUCGCUCCAGAGCCACCAGUCUGUCAUCCAGGCCCUGUCCAGGAAAGGCAUCUACGUCCUGCAGACAGACAACACCCCAGUCUCUGAUGUGGACCUCAGCUCAGCUCCCAUCAAGAUGAGCUCCCACAUCCAUCUUAUCGAUGCCCUGAUGAUGGCCUAUAUAGUGGAGAUGAUCAGCAUAGAGAAGGUGGUGUCUGGCGUCAAACGUUUCUCCAACUUCAGUGCCUCCAAGGAGCUGCCUUUUGACCUGGAGGACGCGAUGGUCUUUUGGAUCAACAAGGUGAACAUAAAGAUGAGGGAGAUAGUGGAAAAAGAGCUGAAAAUGAAGCAACAUCUGCUGGAGUCACCCAGUCAUCCGAAGCCUGAUAUAUUGCAUGCUCUGGCCCACUGCUUAUUGGAGCCUGCGGAGUUCUCUCGCGUGGUGCGUUACCGCAGAGAUCACCUGUCGGGUCGGACACUUCAGCACUUCCCUUUAUUGGACGACCUGUUGAAGGACGUGUCUGACGGCACAGCUCUGCUGGCUGUGAUCCACUUCUACUGCCCAGAACUCAUUAGACUGGAAGAUAUCUGUCUGAAGGAGGUUCCAUCCAUAGCAGACAGUGUGUACAACAUCCAGCUUAUAAAGGAGUUUUCCAACGAAUACCUGAACAAAUGUUUCUAUCUGAAGCCAGAAGACUUGUUGUAUUCUCCGCCAGUAUUAAAGAAUAAUGUGAUGGUCUUCGUUGCUGAACUCUUCUGGUGGUUUGAGAGUGUGAAGCCAGAUUUUGUACAGCCCAGGGACCUUCAGGAAAUCAGAGAUGUGAGAUUGUUGCUGCAGCCUAAGAGUUCCAGACCCCAUGUUCCCAUCUCCAACGUCACCAAACGUAGUUUCAUGACAUCAUCAAACUCUGCCGACACCUUGUCCACACCUCAGAGCCCGGACCUCAGCACUAAACAGAGCUCAUUAAGUCCGUCUCACUCUUUACUGCCCCUGAGACAGAGGCAGCAGAAUGUGGCUGAGGAGAGCACUUCAGAGCUGAGAAAUCGGUCCAACUCUGUGACAUGUCCAGAUGGACUGCAUCAGGGCUCGAUACUGGCCUGGCCAGAGAGGAGACCAGAGAGGAGACCGAGGCCUGUAUCCCAGCCGGUGCCCUACGCCCUGCAUUGCCCCCUGGAGGAUGAUGCAGACAGUAUCAGCCUUGCCCGCUCCAUCAGCAAAGACAGCCUGGCCUCCAACAUAAUGUGCAUCACUCCCAAACACAUGCUGGGGUCGGGGCCUCAGCUGUCUCAACACAGACUCAGUGGUCAAAGCUUGCUUAGCCACAUGCGCAUAGAGGAUGAGGAGGAGGAAAUAGAAGAGGAGGAGCUGGUUGCUGUAAUCCACCCCUCUGCAUUUUCUCGACGGCGACUUGGGAGUGACAUGGAGCAGGAUGAGCUGGAAAUCCAGAGUGCAGCCCCCACUUCAAGGGUUGCUAAACCUCGUUGUUCUCCCCGCUUUGACAUGGGUCCCUUUAUUCCAGACCACCAGGCAGACAGCUACUAUCUGGAGCCUUUGAUGCCUGCCAUCUCUAAGCCAGCCAAAGAGAAGAGCAUCAGCCUGAACAAGGAGGAGGAGAGUGGUGAGAGUCGCUUUAGAACAGCAUCAGCUGUGAGGAAAGCAGCUCCCAAUCUCCCAAGCACCUCACAGAGGAAAGAGUUAAACAGAAGUACCUUUACACCUAUACCGGCGGUAGAAUCAGCCCCGAGCUCUCUCAGACCACCCACAGAGGGGUCGAUAGGCAUCUCUCAGUCUGGGAACAAACAGCCCCAUGGCUUUUUCCUUCAUUCCUUCAUUCCUUCCUCAUCAGGAGAACCCGGGUGCCCCAGCCCUUUCUCUACUGUGGUGGAAGUAGCAGACUCUGAUUCUGACAUUGCAGAUCUUGAGGAGGACGAGGAGGACGACGAUCAAAUGGAGCUGACUAAAGAUGUGGUGAAUAGAGGGAGGGGAAAAUAUUUUGAGGAUGAAGAGGAGUGUGAAUUUGGAGAGGCGGAGGUUGAGUCAGUCAAACUAAGAGAAGACUUGAAGGUCAGUGAGCGGGACGAUAAGGAGGACUGUAGUGGACGCUCAAGCCCUUGCCCCAGUACAAUAUCGUGGGCGAGUAGCUGCAGCGCUUCAGGCAGCACCAGUGUCAAAAUGACCAGCUUUGCAGAGCGAAAGCUCCUUAAACUUGGCCUCCGCGAUGGAUUCUCAAGCACCAGCAGCUCUCAGAAGACCACACCAGAUGGCUCUGAGGUUGCACCCUGUCCGCCCUGGCAACUGAGAAGUGACUGCACCUCAGGCUGGAUGGGGAAGGAGCCUAUUUCUGUGUUGGGGAAGACUAUGGCGGUGAGUCCCUCAGUUGUGCCUUCAGAGCUGCUGCAACUUCACAUGCAGCUGGAAGAGCAAAGGCGUGCUAUUGAGUAUCAGAAGAAGAAGAUGGAGACGCUAUCAGCACGGCAGCGGCUGAAGCUAGGGAAAGCUGCAUUCUUGAACAUUGUGAAGAAGGGUGGAGGGAAGAGCGACACACUUCCCCUGCCCCUGAGACACUCAGAAUCUGCCGAACUAGCUGGCAGGAGUAGAGUGAAGAUCCAGUCCUGCAAGGACGACUCCUGUCUUGAUGCUCUGAAGGUCCAGGCAAAGGCAGGUCAAACAGAGGGAGGACAGAUGAAAGGAGACAACAGGUCGCAGGAUAGUGGGGCUGAACCUGACUUGAAUGAGUGCUCCCACUCCAUAGAUCUUCUAAAUGAAGCUAUAAGUUCCAUUCAGCAACAGAUGAUGCAGCUCUCUUUUCAGCAAGACCUGCUGAUGAAGCGUGUGGUGUCACCUCCAGAGCAUGUGGUGUCCCCCCCAGAGCGCGUGGUGUCACCUCCAGAGCGCGUGGUGCCACCUCCAGAGCGCGUGGUGCCACCUCCAGAGCGCGUGGUGCCACCUCCAGAGCGCGUGGUGCCACCUCCAGAGCGCGUGGUGCCACCUCCAGAGCGCGUGGUGUCACCUCCAGAGCGCGUGGUGUCACCUCCAGAGCACAUGGUGUCACCUCCAGAGCGUGUAGAAUCAGGCCAGAGCACAACCCCCGACACAACGCAAUCGUCAUCCUCUACCUCGGAUUCCAGAUCCUUUGCGGUUCACUUUGUGGACAUCAGCGGCAGCAGCUCUGCCCCUGCUCGCCGUCCUCCCAAGCUGAGCUCAAGCCAACGCAGAAAGGCCUCAGAGCAAAAACAGAGUAGAGAGAAUAGCAAGAUGACUCCCAUCAAGGCUAAUACUCAGUCUUCUCAAGACACCUCUGACGGAGACCAGAAGACAGGGAGUAUUUCCAGGAAAGAGAGAAACAUUCAGAGAAACACCACCUUCAGAGUCCGAGAUGACCUCAACUUUUCAGACAAAUCGCAAUCAGAGGACGCACAAGUCAUCUCCAGUAGAUCAACGUCUCCCUCGCAGGCUUUGGAACAAGAGGACAAUGUUGCCAACUCAGGGAAAGAGGCUUCGGUUGGAGAUGAGAAUACCAGGGCCAAAGGUCAACUGAUCGAGGUCGACCUAUCAGAGCUGAAGAAUGGAAGUGCAGACGGCACGGCAGAGGGCGAGCAGAGGAAUGCACUAGGCUUCUUCUUCAAGGAUGACGAAAAAGCAGAGGACGAAAUGGCAAAGCGUCGCGCUGCCUUCCUCCUCAAACAGCAGCGCAAAGCUGAAGAGACGAGACUCCGCAAACAACAACAAGAAGCCGAUGUUGAGCUCAAACGCGACGAGGCCAGGCGUAAGGCAGAAGAAGAUCGCAUCCGUAAGGAGGAGGAGAAGGCGCGGCGGGAGCUUAUUAAGCAGGAAUACCUGCGGAGGAAGCAGCAAGCAUUGAUGGAAGAGCAAGGUCUGGUCAAGCCUCGUCCACGGACUAAAUCCCGCAGGAGCAGACCUAAAUCCCUGCACCGCGAGGAGUCCAACAGCCUCUCCAAAGGCUCCACCACACGUAAUUCUCUGAAGGUGUCCAUGCUGUUCAAAGCGAAGGGCUCAGCAGCAGACAGCAUGGGAGCUGAUCUGAGCUACAGUCAUCGAGGAUCGACGCUCUCUUUGGCGACCGAGGCAGACAGUGUCAUCUCUGGAGGGGCAGAGUCACAUAGGGCUGGAUCUGUGUGCUCUAUGGAGUCAUUCCCUAUGCUGAGCAGGGCGUCCAGCAGGAACAUGGAGCGGGACUGGGAGAACGGCUCUAUAGCCUCAUCCAUCACUUCGAUGGAGUACAAUGGCCCAAAACUCUUCAAGGAGCCGAGCUCCAAGUCCAACAAGCCAAUCAUCAUCAAUGCCAUCGCUCACUGUUGUCUUGCUGGAAAGGUUAAUGAGGGCCAGAAGAAUGCUGUUAUUGAGGAGCUGGAAAAGUGUGAGUCCAAUCACCUGAUCAUCCUCUUCCGUGACGGUGGGUGCCAGUUCCGCGGCAUUUACUCUUACUCGCCUGACACCGAGGAAAUCGCCAAGUUCACGGGGACAGGGCCGCGCAAUAUCAGCCGGAAAAUGAUCGACAAGGUCUACAAGUACAACUCGGACCGCAAGCAGUUCACAGUCAUCCCUGCCAAGUCUGUGUCGGUCAGCGUGGACGCCCUGACCAUCCACAAUCACCUCUGGCAGGUCAAGAGACCAGGAAGUGCACGGAGGAAGUGAAAAAGAGAGGGAGAAAUGAGGGAGAAACAACACUUGCUAUAGUUUCUGUUCUAUCUACUACUGUUGGGCAGGACCCAAUAAUGUCUGAGAUGACUGGUGUGUCAUUAUGAAGGCGUUUAGAGGACGCACAAGGACGCUAAUUAAUGAAGAUGUCAGUACGAAGCAGUGCGAUAAUGAGAAACACCUGCCAACUGAAUGCUCUGAUGUUUUUUUUUUGGUUUCUUUUUGUCUCGUUAGCUUUUUAUUCUGCAUGACACAGUUUUAUGUUUUAAUUUGUAGGCACAUCCUACGAUAAUUAGACACUACUGAUGAUGGACUGAUUCGUAUGUAGCAGUGACACUGAGACGGACACUGAAUCUACUGACAGUAGCGAGCGUACUACUGCUUCCAAGUGCAACUACAGACAGACAGGCAGUGGUGAACAUUCACUUGAUGAUGUUUUGUAAAGUUAAAGUAACGUCAGCUUGGCAAAAAAUACCCAACUGCUGUGAUUAAUCCAGGCUCCACAUACAGAGCCCCUCUUACACACCAGUCACUUCUACUGGUCAGUGCUUCUCUGAAGACGGAGCUUUGAUUGAACACAUUUUUUUAAAUGUAAGUAUGGAAUGGAUGUUAGUGAGUGGUAUUGUCCAGUGUUGUUUUCUAUUUAGUGUGUUUGGGGGAAGUGUGUGAGUCUUCGUGUUCGGGGGACGGGAGAGCUGAACGCACUGCUGGUGCAUCGUGCUCUGAAUGUGUUUUUCUCCUUAUGCUUUAAAACUUCUGUCACGCAACAGAACAACGGAGCAAAGCAACAAAACUAUUUUUCUUUUCUUCUUUUUAGUCUGGGAGCUGCUGUCACAGUGGACGAGAAAUAAUGUUUUUACAGUGGGGGAAAUUAUACUAGUAUUUAUUCCAUACAGGAAGCGCUUUUGAGACUCAGUGCAUUAUACAUUUUCAGUACUGAUUAUAUUGUAUUUACAAUAUCCUGUAUGAGCCAUCUGAGAUCCCUGACUGGCUCACAUCGCUGAACCAAAAUGAACUGAGCUAUGCCACUGAGCUGUUCGCUGCUCUUCUCACAGGACUCUGGUGAGACGUAUGAUUUUAAUGUAGCUUCUGGCGCUCAGCACUAGUAAUUUCCCUGUAAUGACUGACUGUGAGCAGCCGGCGUAACGUCGAGGGGGGGGAAACUGCACAAUACUUGAUAUUUGUUUGCUGCAUUUUGUACAUUUUUGAGUAGUAUUUUUUGUACGCUACGUACAAGUUAUGUUUACUAAAAAAAAAAGCAGGCACUAUUUUGAGGUUUAUUCCGUUACAGGCUUUCAGAGACGUUAUGAGUCUUAUCUCAUUGUGUUACAUGUUUAUUUAUUUUGAAGAGAUAUAAUAAAAUGCAACUAGGUAUGUUUUCUGAUCAAA